AUGGACGCCGUGCUUUUUGUCAAGACGGAGAAAAUGAGUGGAUCCUCGGUUUCAGGUCUCGUGAAAGAAGAACACAACAAUACAAAAAAUCUGAAAGAAUUCAGGCAAUAUAAACAUAAAAAUCGAUUGCCUCCUCACCAAUUACUGGUCUUCGACAACUCUGGACGGGAGUUGGUGAACAGUGUCGGCCCCCUCACUGAGGAUUCAGAUCUCCAUUUGACCUGUGAAGUCCGAGGAGGCGAGCCUAGGCCCACCGUGUCGUGGUUCGUGAACGAAAAACUCGUCGAGGCGAGCGACUACACGGAAGGCAACAACCUCGUCAUCAACAAGCUGACUGUGCCCAGUCUCAAACGUCACCACCUAAACACAACCUACAAGUGUCAAGCCAGUAACACUAAGUUAAUGACGCCGACAGAGAAGACUGUCAGGCUGGAAAUGUUCCUGAAGCCAUUAGAAGUACACUUGUUGAAUAAACGAAGUAGCCUAAUUGCGGACCAAGAAUACAGCCUGACUUGCCAAAGCAGUGGCUCGAGGCCACAAGCUGAGCUGACCUGGCUGCGAGAAAACAGAAAAUUCAGGAGAGGAAAGGUGGAAACGUGGUCCAACGAAUCUGUUGUCACCAGCGCCGUCAUCUUCUCCCCCGCUCCUGAGGACGAUGGGCAUAUUCUCAAAUGCCAAGCUUUAAAUCCGAGUAUUCCAUCUGCACCUAUCGAAGACAGCAUCACUCUCAACGUUGUCUAUGCACCGUUGGUCUCACUUCAGCUGGGUACGUCUUUGAAGCCGCACCAGAUCAAAGAAGGAGACGAUGUUUAUUUCGAAUGCAACGUCAGGGCGAACCCAAGGCAGCACAAAAUCAACUGGUUUCACAAUGGGGAACCGGUCACUCAAAACAUGUCGACUGGAGUACUGUUCAGCACCCAGAGCCUUGUACUUCAAGGAGUGACGAGGCAGAACGGAGGACGUUACACGUGCGUAGCGUCGAACACGCGCGGCCAAACGUCCAGCCAACCGGUCAACCUGAGGAUACAGUAUGCGCCAGUCUGCAGCGUCAGCGAGCCAUUGAUUGUCGGUGCUUCUUUAGAAGAAGCAGUGAGAGUGCGUUGCAUGGUUUCAGCAGAUCCGGCUGAUCUGACCUUCCUCUGGCAGUUCAACAACAGUGGUGAAAGUUUCCCAGUCGCCCCUGCUAGGUAUGCCACAGCAAAUGAAACUAUGAGCGAGCUCGUCUAUACGCCGACAUCAGAGCGAGAUUACGGCACGUUGGCAUGCUGGGCUACAAAUAGCAUUGGGAGACAAGCUGAUCCAUGCACUUUUCAAGUAGUGCCAGCAACUAAACCAGGACCUCUACACAAUUGUACACUAAGAUCUACAGUCAAUACCACUGGUGACUGGCUCGAGGUUGAAUGCAUUGCUGGUUUUGACGGAGGACUUAAACAAACUUUUCAUCUGGAAGCCCUCGACUCAGUUACAUCCAAGUACUGCUUGAACGUCAGCAAUAACGAAGGGCCCUUUUUUAGAGUUGAACUUGCUGCCCUUGCAAACGGCCAUCCUGGAACUAUUCAGUUAGUUAUAUACGCUGUGAAUCAAAAAGGACGCAGCGAACUUGUAGUACUUGAAGACAUAGCAAUCAGGGAUGCAGAGAAAAGGACUGAAUGGGUUGCAGGGAGUCAUUCACUCGGCGCUGGAUCUUUAGCGGCGCUUUUGGUCGGCGGAUUCCUCAGUGUCGCUGCUAUCCUCCUAUUAGUCACCAUUUAUGCACUCCGUAGACGUACAUAUAGAAUGCAGCAUACUUCACCCACACCAACGAAACAAAUUGAAAUCACUCAAGGGGAUGAUCAGAGAUAUGUGGUCUCAUAUCAAUUGAAACCAGAAACAAAGCAGCCUGACAUACUCCAUAGAGUUACAGAUGAACCUUUAGAGCGAGACAUUCCUCCAGUCACAUACAGUGGGCCCGGUGUCACAGCAACAUUUAUGUCUCCUUGCAGCAGCCCUGCUGAAUGUUCUAUUCCUAUAAGCCCUUCACUUCAGACAGCACCUACUCACAACGGCGUUCUCAAUAGCGCACAACACAUACUUUCCAAUUCGAUACCUGGUCCAGAAAGUUGUGUGUGAAUUAACAUUUACACUGUGUGUAAUUAUAAAAAAAAUUUAACGAAAAAAUAUAUAUUUCCCUUGUGUUUCCAUGUAAACCAAAAUGUAUGAGAUACUGUAUAUUUAUGUUCAUAGAGGUAAGAUGGUAAGUUACAAUAAUAUUGUGCUAUUGUAAGAAAUAUGUCAAACAGUGCAGCAUAAACGUGCACUGUGAUAUAUUGUAUUCACAAAUUGUAAAUACAUUAAAUUAAUAAAUUAUUAAUUUGUAAUUAAUUCAAAU